AAUCUUGUGUCAAGUAUCUACGCAAAGGUUGAAUUUCGAAAAACUCGUAAAUAAGAGACCUUUUUUUGAAGAAUUUAAAACAAAAAGUAUAAUAAAUACCGUGAUUCGUAAUAUUAAAUCGAACUGGAAACGUCAAUAUGACGGUAGUCGAUUACGUAAUUAAACAAAUGAUUUACGAAAGUGUCUAUAAUUUUUUAUUACAAAAAGGAGGAAAUAUCAAGCCCUAACGUUUGGUAACGUCGUUUUCACAAUUGAAUAAAGAAAAUUGAUCGCGCGGUACGUCGACAUAAAUACCAUCGUUUAAUAAAGUUUACCGUUUAAAAUCAUGUUUAAACAAUUAAACUUUGUACAAGAUUCGAGUUCGCAGCAAACUUAGAAACAUCAAGAAUAUGGUACGAUGUUCUGUAUAUAAGUUUCGAUAUACGACAGAAAGAAAGUUAACUGGGAGAAUUUCAGUGUUAUUUAUGUAAAUAUAUGAUUUCAAACGAAUCAAACGUGCGUCGUCCGCGAUUAGUAACGAAGAAUUCCCCUGUUGAACGCUACGUGACGUGCACAUAAUUCCGUCAAGGUAGUUAUCAUUAUUGAUGCAAGAGAGCGUUCUGAUGCGUGUUAGUUGCUCAGCUGUUUUGAAGAAUCGACGCAGCCUGGCAGUGAUUGUCCGUAACGCGGCGUGGAAUCGCUGCAUUCACGUCCAAACGCAAACAGAUGUGGAGUGACUGUCCAAAUUUUUGACAUAUCUCGUCCAAGAUUCUUCAAAAACAGCGAACACCAUUUUUCUAUAGAAUUUCUGUGACGCUGUGAACGUGUGCGGUUUACAGACGAUCGGUGUCAGAGGUUAGAGAGACCGAAAAGGAAAACAAGAAAUCGCCAUGAGCGAGUUAAGCCAAGAGGAAGUAAGAAGAAGGCGAAUGGUCCGUUUAGCAGGCCUGGAUAGCAUUAGUUCUACGACUACUUUAAAUCAUAAUACUGGUCCAGUUUCUCCAAGUACGCCAGGCCCGUCGAGAGCAUUUACAGGACAAAUAAUAUCUCCGUCGAAGCAGCAGCAAUUUCAAAUUCCUGAAAUGCCGAUGGAAGUAGAGGAAAAUAGCGAUAAACAAUGUUCUUCUGGAGUGGAUGUAGACUCGGGAAUUGAAAAUAUGGAAGUUGAAGAGUCCGAUAGAAAGGAUUCAAAAUCCAGAUCACGUACCACAAGUUCUAGCACAGAGGUAACUAUAGAGCAAAUACAUUCUGUGAUCUCGCGUGUAUUAUGCAUAUCAUGGAAAGAACCAACAGAGGGUACCGUAUUCCUACCGCAAACCGCGUCGUAUACGUCUACACAAAAGCUUGUUGACGCAGCAGAGCUUAUUAAUCAAGCGUUAAUGGAAAUUCUGUGCAUGUUAACAAAAGGUGAUAAUCCUUUAAAACAAAUUUAUGUAGAGGCGUCAUCGGUUCGGGAGGAUAGUCCUAAUAGGCAAGCGUGUCUUUCAUUGAGCCCAUUCGCGUUAUUUUGCCGUUGUAGUACUUGUUGUGAAACGUCGCAUCCAAAGAGUCUCAUCUAUUUACUAGACUGUUAUUCAAGAGUCGCCGUUGAAGAACGAAAUCACCCAAAGAAAUCAAGUACACCGCCACUCUCCGAUGUACUGGCUACGCUAAGAGCACAGUGUGUUCAAUACUCCUGUCUUGUACUCCAAGGCCUGAUCGGUAUUAAUCAGUUCUCGACGGCGCAUCAUUUGUCUAUGCCACCUCUUCUCUAUCCAAUACUCUCGCAGAGUUUACCUCGGGGCUAUUUACACGAACUAGUGGCAAGAACACACACGAAUCUAGCAGUAUUCAAUAAAAUUUUUACACCGUUGUUGCAAGGUCUGUAUCUUUCGAUGCAACAAGUCAGUUUGGACGGAAACAAGCAUCGAAUGCCGAUCGGAGCAUUGGAAGAGUUAAUAGAAAUCCGUUGCGGACCGACGAGUAAUAUACGGCCGAUUUGCCGUUUAAUUACUCAUCAAAUUCAAUUUUUGCCUGACAUUAUGACGUCAGCGGCUGGUAGAGAACUUACGAUAACGUCUUACCUGGGUCCUUUCCUGUCGGUCUCGAUUUUCAACGAAGAUUCAGCCGUGGUUGAAGAAUUUUUCAGCGACGACAACCCGAUCGUCAAUAAGGUGAUGAAUGUAACGUUGCAGCAAGAAUUGGAGAGGACCAGAACGUCGCUUCACAAAAUGUUACACGCCAUACUUGCGAAUAGCAAUUGUCGCGAUGCUAUGUUAACGUACUUGGCGAUGUUGCUGUGUCAUAAUGAAAAACGUGCCCAAAUACAGACGGAAGAGUUCUCUCUUGCCGGAGACGGAUUUAUGUUAAAUCUGUUAUCGGUAUUGCAAAUGCUUUCUGUGAAAAUCAAACUGGACACCGUCGAUCCCUUGUACCCGUUUCAUCCAACAAGUUUAGUGGAAAUUAAAAACGAGACAAGGCUAAAACUUACGUCCCACGAAGUCACCGAAUGGCUAAAACAUUUGGAAAGGACGCACAAGUGGGUCGAGCCAAAGUUUCCGACUCAAUGUUGGUUUCUUACCUUACAUUGUCACCAUAUAGCGUUAUUACCAGCGUUACAAAAAUACCAGAGAAAACUAAGGAAUUUGCGUGACAUCCAGAAAAUGCUCGACGAGUUGCAAGCUACCGAACCACAGUGGAAAGAUACACCUUUCGCUGGACGCAAUAAGGCAUUAAUAAAACGUUGUAAAGAACAAUUGAAACAACUCAGUAAAUCCAAAUCGUGCUCGGAUGCCGGAUUAAUUGAUCCUACAUUAUUGAGAAGGUGCUUGCAUUUUUAUAUUUCCGUAGCGGAGGUUCUGUUAAGUUUAUUAACUCAAACCCCGCCAGGAAAUCCACCUCCAGAACUUCCUUUGCUGCAAGAAGUUCCACAAAAAUUUACAGCGCUACCAGAAUGGUACGUCGAAGAUAUUGCGGAAUUUUUAUUAUUUACACUUCAAUUUAGUCCCGGCGUGGUAACAAAUAACAUGGAUAAUUCACUCAUUACAUGGUUGCUUGUUGUAGUAUGUACCCCACAUUGUAUACGAAAUCCAUAUUUAAUAGCAAAAAUUAUUGAAGUGCUGUUUGUGAUAAAUCCGAGUGUUCAGGGACAAACUGAAUCGCUACAUGACCAAGUAAUGGCACAUCCUAUAUCCAAAACGCUAUUAGCAUCGUACCUUAUGAAGUUCUAUACAGACGUUGAAACGACUGGCUCUAGUUCCGAAUUUUACGAUAAAUUUUCUAUUCGUUAUCAUAUUAGUUUAAUAUUGAAGUCUAUGUGGGACAGCCCAGUACACCGGGAGUCGAUCAUUAAUGAGAGCAAUAACGGCAAGCAAUUUGUGAAGUUCAUUAACAUGUUAAUGAACGACACUACCUUUUUACUCGAUGAAAGUUUGGAAACGUUGAAGCGUAUCCAUGAAAUACAAGAACUGAUGUCUGAUCUUAGAGCGUGGGCAGCGCUAUCAAAUGAACAGCAACAUUCGCGGAUGAGACAAUUAGCAGCGGACGAAAGACAAGCCAGAUCGUAUCUAACUCUGGCUAAGGAGACCGUUGCUAUGUUUCAUUAUUUGACAGUUGAUAUCACGGAACCGUUUCUACGACCAGAGUUGGUAGGAAGAUUGUGUGCCAUGUUAAACUUUAACCUACAACAGUUGUGCGGACCUAAAUGCAAAAAUUUAAAAGUACGAGAACCACAAAAGUAUGGAUGGGAACCAAGAGCUUUACUCAGUCAAUUGGUCGACAUAUAUUUACAUCUUGACUGCGAUAAUUUUGCGGCCGCUUUGGCCAGUGAUGAACGCUCAUUUUGCAAGGAAUUAUUUACGGACGCAGCGAAUAGGCUAGAAAGGUCGGUAAUCAAGACUACGACAGAAAUUGAAAGAUUUAUAGUACUAGCGGAACGUGCUGCGGUCAUCGCAAGAGAUAAUCGUGCUCGUGACGAAGACUAUGGCGACGCACCAGAGGAAUUUCGAGAUCCACUUAUGGACACUCUCAUGGAGGAACCUGUUAAACUUCCGUCUGGUAUAGUUAUGGAUAAAGCAGUCAUUAUUAGACAUCUCCUUAAUAGUGCCACAGAUCCUUUCAGUAGACAACCUCUCAGUGAAGAUAUGCUUACACCGAUGCUCGAUUUAAAAGAAAGGAUAUCGGUGUGGAAACAACAAAAGAAAAAAUCUACAAACAUAUAAAUUGUGAUUCUAAUCGCGACAUCCACUAAAACGGAAACAUCACGAUAUCGCGCAACUGAUGUUGCCUAUACGAUACAUUUCACAAAUCCCUAAAUGUAUCAUUUUCGUGUGGCAAAUGAAUAUAGUGCAAUGAUCUCGCUAUUGUGCAAAUAUUGCGCUCAAUAAAUUUACGGUUUUUAUACAUUAAAACGUUAAACAGACUGCAGCUAGGUAACUGCCAACCAUUACUCCAAGAAUAAUACUUUUAAAAGAACUUGUAAAUAACUGCUAGCUGAUACGUCGGCACCCAGAGAAAUUAAAAUCUUAUUCACAAACUUAGCACUUGUUCCUUUGUACGUAACUGGUGCACGUGGCUGCGGGUGAAAAGUUGAAAACAUAUCCCGCGUUUAAUUUUCAAAAAAAAAAAAAAAAAA